UCCUUUGGUCUCGCUUUUGUUCUUAAUCCGAACAAACCCUCCCCUCUCCACAGAAAGAGUGGGGAGGAGUGAUGGCAUCGAUCUCAACUGCUUCUUCCUCUUCUUCCUCUCUGCUGCAUGUUUCCGCACUCGCCUUCGCUUUCCCCUUAAGAAGACCUCCUCCGACCUCCCUCGCCAUUCCUGUGAUCCGAAGGCCUACGGUACCCUCCCGGUCCCGUCCAAGAACCCUCAAAUGCUUCUCCCAGAAGCAAUCGGUGCAAGAAUUCGAGAGGCUUUUCUCGAACCUCAAUCAGGCCACGAUGAAGAGGGUCCCGUCCAAGAACCCUCAAAUGCUUCUCUCAGGUAGCGUCACCAGCGGAAUCCUUCUAGUGGCUGGCACCACGGUUGGUGCACGUAUCCUUGAAAUUCCUGCAGUUACUCAAGAAGCAGGAUUUUUGGCCUCUGCAAUAACAUGCAUUCUCUGCUUGAUACUGGACGGCUCACUUUAAAUUUGGGUUGUGACAGGAUUGUUGAUUGCAGAAGUAAAUGUAAAUACAAUGUGUGAACUUGGCUCUGGAGGUGUCUCAUUGGUCUCAAUGGCAAUGAGAACACUUGGAAAUUUUGGGGUUCAAGCUGCCUGCUGGUCCUACAUAUUUAUACAUUAUGCACUCCUUGUUGCAUAUGUGGCUCACUCUUCAGAGAUUUUGACAAAUACCUUCAGCACUCCACCGUAUGAAGACUCUUCAAUGUUCUGCCUCAUAGUAUUAUUCCUGCUGUUUCACUGCAGCCAGCGAGUUAUAGGUGCAAUAAAUGGGUUUCUGGUGCUUGGCAUCGUUGUGUCUUUUACAUUUAUGUUGGGAGUCGCAUCUGGAGGUUUGCAGUGGCAAUCUCUUCAUCAGGCCCAUUUUGAGGCAAUCCCACAAAGUAUACCUAUAAUUGCUCUUUCUUUUGUUUAUCAGAAUGUAGUUCCAGUUCUUUGUACAAACCUUGAAGGUGACCUGUCAAAAGUAAGGACUGCAGUUGUUCUUGGCACAGCUAUUCCCCUUGUUCUGUUUCUUAUUUGGGAUGCUGUAAUUCUUGGGACCAUUCCAAAUCUAGAUACAACUGGUGCCCUCACCGACCCACUGCAGCAGCUACAUUAUGAAAAUGGAAUAGUUGGGCCGAUUGUUGAGGUGUUCUCAUUUUUUGCAAUAGCCACAUCAUACAUUGGAUUUGUUCUUGGACUUUCUGACUUUGUUUCCGACUUGCUUAAACUACCUAGUGGCCAGAGUAAACCCUUGGCAUACUUUCUAACACCACUGGUGCUGUCAUUGCUUGAUCCAGAGAUAUUUUUUAAAGCUUUGGACUUCGCAGGAACAUAUGGAGUUCUGGUGCUCUUUGGAGUGCUUCCUGCUGCAAUGUCUUGGUCGGAGAGAUACUCAAAGUCAUCUCUAACCCCAAUUACUCCCCCGCUGGUACCUGGAGGCAGAUCUACACUAAUCAUUGUCACUGGAGGUGCCUUAUUUGUUAUCUUCUCAGAGAUUCUAAAGGCUGUUAUGCACCAGUAGAGUCACCUGCACCAGCAGUAGAGCAAAUCUGAACUCACUUCAUAGGUUUCACUUGGGUCCUAUGAAAAACCCUCAUUAUGUAUAGAGAAUUUAAUGAGUCUGAUAAAAUAACAACUGAGAUACAGUCUGCUUUCUCUUCAACUGCAUGGAUGUAGCUAUUUGGAAAGUGGUAACAAUUCUCAGAAACAAGCUUCAUUAUAUUCUCCUUGUUCUUGUUCAAAACUCUGGGGAAAAUGAGAGAUAGCUACCGAUCACACAAGCUUAAACUGGUUUCUACUCCUCCUUGUGGCCAAUGUUUUUUUUUCUGUAUUAUAGGUGUAGCUGGUUGUGCUAGUUGAAAGCCAGAGACAGGAAGUCAAAUUUGGGAAGGAGAAUACGAGCAAUAUAUUAUUGGAACCUAAUUCUAAUGUUGUCAAUG